AUGUCCAAAGCGUGGCCUGUGGAAAUCGAGGUUCGUCUCUUCAGUCUAGUAUGCGAUUAUAAACCUGCUGGAGAGAAGAAGGAUGAGAAUAUGGCCCAGAUCGUGGCCCUUAUCAACAAGGACGUUCCUGAAGAUAGCCAUUACAAGCCAGAAGAGGUAUGGGAAAAGCUAGGUAGUUUCUACAAUCUCGAGCAAGUGGAGUCGAUAGAAAACGAAGAUGAUAAGAGUGAAGAUACUGAAGACCAGAAGGAGCUUGAAGAGCCUGAAAAGUCCAGCAAACCUGAAAGACGUACGCGAACCAGAGGGAAAGAACUGGAGACUAAAGAGAGCAAUGACCCUGGUAUAUACUCUUCCGAGCUCAGUGACGUUGAGGCUGAGAUGCCUGAGGAUGAUGAUAUACUUAAGGUUAAGACAAAGGCUAGAGCUACCAGGAAACGUACGCCUAAGAGAGAAGAACCAAAGGAAGCAAAGAAGGAAGAAGAGGCUCCACUGAGGAAACGUACGAGAUCCAAUGCUAAGAUAGACGACGCUCCUGCUCCAAAGAGGCGGUCUAGAGCUGGUACGCCGCCAGUGAAGAGACGAAUGCGUUCUGGUAAAGAAGAAGAGGAUGAUAAGAACGAAGAGAAGGAGAAGGAAGAGGCUGAGAAGGAGAAGAAGGAGGAAGAAAAGAAAGAAGAAGAGAAGAAGGAGGAGGAAAAGAAAGAAAAAGAGAAGGACACUCCAAAGAAGGAAAAGGACGCCGAAAAGGAAGACAAGGCUGAAGAGCCUAAAGGUAAGAGAACUCGUACAGCCGUCCGUCGUUCGACAAGAAGAAAGUAA